AUGACAGGACCAGAGAUCUGGCACCGGAAAUUCACAAGAGUUUCAGGACCGGAUACAGAGUUCUUGAUGGAAGACUCCCAUCAAAAAGAUGUGCUCAAGGACAAGUUUGGUCAGUUUUUGCAAGAAAGCUCGCACUCUUCGUUUCUUACUUUUGACCAAAUGGUUUCUUACUAUUACCAAGAGCCAAAACUGUUCCCACAACCUUUUCAAUUGAGGGUAAGUGUUGUUGCAGAUGGUGCGCACGUUCAACGAUCGAGUUUGCCAGGCAAGGAUAAAAUUUGGCUUAAUCCACAUUGUCGUCUGCUCGCCGUUGCAGAUUUUGCCCUUGUAAAUGAGCAAGAUGUUAUAUUUAUCAUUGGCUCCGACGAUGUGCACAACUCUCAAAGAUUCCUUCAAGCGGCUAGCUGGAAUGGAAAGAAUUUUCAUUACUAUACUGUUGAGGACAUCAACGAUAACUCGAAAAAGAGAGCUUGGACGUUUCAAGCAACAUCAGCGGAUGCAUUCACAGACCAAACAUCAUACGAUGUUUCUUAUCUUGGCCCAUUUAACGGGCAUGUAAAUGGACCGUGGUACCACUGGUAUACUGGCCAAGACCUUCAGGGCUGUCUAAGCGAUGAGCAGAAGAAAAUCCUCACAGGUCUACCGUAUCUAUCAUCUUUCUCUAUUUUUUCAAAGGCAAUGAAAGCCGAGAGUGUGGAAGGAAUUGUCACGAAUUUGGUCGAGAAGUCGUUCGAUUUACGAGCUAAGCAAGAUUUACGAGCAUUGGAUGGUGUGUCGGUGCAAGACUUAACUGCAAAUAGUCAUUUGGGAUCUAGCAGCCUGCCAUGGAGAGCACCUACCGACCUUUUUCUAAAUUUCGAGUUAUUAUCAAAGAACAAAUUCAGUGGGUUUAGUACACAUCUUCAAGAUCUGUCACUCGAAUAUAAACCCGAACACCACUACGCUGUAGUUGGCAAUCUUCGAUUAAGCCUUCUGCAAAAAUGGUCGUCAGAAAAGUUUCCGUCCGGUGUCCCGGUUGUCGAACUUCAGAAAGGAAAAUUGGGAGGCGGGAAACAAACCGAUCCUUAUGAUGUCAUGAACUUCUUGGAAGUAGCAAGUAAUGCCGAGGGCAAGGAUAUACAAUUUGUUGCCCUUUAA